GUGACAUUGUCCAAGAUGGCGGUGUGAAAUUGGGAGAGGUGAAAGAACUUAAGUGAAAUGAAUUGUUUAAAUAUCUAGAGCAUUAAAAAAAUUAGCAUGAAUUUAAAAAAAAAAUACAUAUCAUUUCUCUAAAUUUGCAUUGUAUAUAUUUAUAUUUAGAGUUAUAUAAGCUAGCUUUACCUAAUCUUGGGCAAAUGCUCUAAACUUAAAAGUAGUAAGUAAACUGGUCUGACGACUGCCUGUGCGGUGUGCUUAGGACUGUGAAUGAGAAUACUACUCUUAAACUUACUAUAGAUUAGACUCUUCUAGUCAGUGGUGUAGCUAGGGUUGGUGUCACCCAGUGGGGUAAACUCAUGGUGUCACCGCCUCCCCUUGUCUUCCACGACUGAUGACUGAUUUCUUCUUGUUAAAUAAUUUUACAGUAUCACUAAGUUGAGUAAGACAGUUCAGUAUAACUCAAUGACAAGAAAAAAUAUAAAUUAAUUAAUGGUUAGGAGUUAAAUGUUAAAUGUAUUCAAUCAAUUUUAAACUUUAAUUAUAGUUAUUUUGUUAAUCUUGCAGUUCAGGUGCGUAUAUUUAUGAUCGAAUUUGGUAUUAUCACAUGUAAUCUUACAUGAUGAAUUCUUUAUAAAAUUUAGUCCAGACAGUAUUCGUUAGCACUAACAAUAAAUUUUAUUUUUUUUUAUUUUUACACCCCCCAUGGGUUCAUGUAACAUAGCCGAUAGCAUUAAAGAUCUCUCCAUUUUCUUGUUUUUAUAAAAUUCACCCUACAUGCCAGAUUGCAAUUUUUCAACUGAGACUGAAGCAUGUACACAAAAAACGAAACAAGAAAUAAGAUUUAUAAUAAAUUGUACCAAAAUUAUUUAUUGAUGCUUAACUUUUCAAACUAAAAGCAUGUUCACAAAAUAAAUUUAUAUAAAAUUGGCAUGUAUAUUUGCUAGUUUUAGGAAAAAUUAAAAUUAUGAGUUCAUUAAACUUCAGUACCGGUAUUUUAAUAUGGAUAAUCAAGUGUAUGUGUACUAAGUUUGAACUCGUUCCAUUCACCCAUGCAGGAGCCUUUGAAUGGAAUUAUAUUUAUAAACUCCAUUGAAGAAAAAAAAAGAAUUUUGGGCCUCUAUAACAUAACGGAACAUCUAAUUAAGUUCAACCCCCCCCCCCCCCAUGUUUCAUUCUUUUUGUGAACAUGCCUGCAAUUUGAAAAUUUCCUUUAGGAUACCAACUUAUAGGUGAUCAAAAAUUUGGCGGCAACAGGGUGAAAAAAAGAACAAAACAAAGCUUCAAACCUGUCAAUCAGUUGAACAAAAUCAAUAUUUCACAGAUCACUUUCAAAUGAUAGUAUAACCAGAUUAGAAAGCCUUCUGUCCCAUGGUGAAUCUUAUAUAGUUCUUGAUAAGCCUUAGUUUUGAAAUGCUCCACUCACAUGAAACCACAGACACUCAGAUUAUAAGAAACAAUUGAAUGCUUAGCGGGAGUUUCAGAAGAAAUUCUAGGUAGUCCCAUUGGGCUAUAAAGUUCAUCUUCUUAUAACUCAUCAUAGAAAGAGAUUAAUUUUGGAAUGGACACCAAUAACUCUUUUUCCCUUGCUGAUUGUAGACUCUUGGGCUUGGGUUGAACAGCCCCAAACAUAUCUGCUACUUCAUUGAUCACUGAUGAUCUGGGGGUUCAGAAUGAAAGCAAUCAAUACACUCCAGUAUCUCCUUACUGUUUACUUCUCACAGAGAGAGCCCAGCAUCUAUUAAUUGUUCUUCUGCAAUUCUCUCUUUAAAUGUAAAUCUUCUCUCUACCAAAAUUCCACAUUGGUUUGAUUUUAAAAGUGACUUUUCAAUAGCAUGUUCCACCUAGGGACAGUGCUUCUCAUGCAGGAACAAUCUUAAGGCCUCUAGGUUGGUCACCACUUUAUCAUGAGUAAGCCUUUAGUCUGCAGGAGCUUCCUCAAGUAUAUCAACCCAAAGGUGAUGGUAGCCAAUAAAUGUGAAACUGCAGACAAGCAUGUAAAAGACAUUGCGCUGUAUGACAAUAGUCCUCAAAUAUUAACUCUCUACAGGCCAAUGGUUUUUUGUCCUUUUUUUUUAUUAGGUCAUCUCACAUAAUGGGAUACCAUAAAAAGAGUAGCCAAUUAAUUAUUAAUACCCAUCAUGUUAUAUAUUUAAUUGUUCAACAUUUUUUCAGACAAACAACUUAGUGUACAAAGGAUUAAAAAACCUAUGACAGAAAUAGUUUACUAUUUAUUGGAAUUUAAUUCUGCAAUAUAAUAUACAAAAAUUUAAAUAUUCAAUCUUAAUAAACGUCUCAAAAGUUUAGGGUAUUCACUAAUACUCAAUCAGUUUGUAGGUUUAGUUAUAGAAUCAAUGAGUGUGUAGGUAUAGUUAUAGAAUCAAUGAACCUGUAUGUCUAGUUAUUCUGUAAACACUUUCCAUUAAUUGAUCAGUCUGUUUACCCUUUAAAAUUUAUAAGACUGUUGUUAUUAAUAUAUUAUAAGGGCAACAACCUUUUAAACACUUAAGUUUUAAUAGAAACAAAGUUUAAAUCAGUGUUUUGUUAUUAUAAAAUCAAUGCUUGCAUUCAUUGUUCAGUGUUUUACAACCAGUGUAUUAUCUAUAAUAAUUAAAGAAAAAAAAAUGUUAGUAGCUUUUACUUCAGAUGGCUAAAAAUAUUUAUGGUUCACACUGAUAAAAAAUAUAAUUAUAUUUUAUAUUCCAGGGAUCAGGAAAAGAGGGCAAUUCCUGCACUUUGAAGGUUAAAAAAUAAUUCACAGAAAGUUACAAAGCCAUGGCCCUCAAAUUGAGGACUUCCAAGUUUCGACAUGUUUUUGGUGCACAAUGUCGGCGGGAGAAUACUUUUGAAAAUGUGAGAAUUACACGAAACACUCACGACAGCAAUUUUUGUAGCGUCAACCCCCGAUUUUUGGCCAUUGUGACGGAAAGCUCAGGGGGUGGUAGUUUUGCUAUUUUGGAUGUACACAAGGUGAGAUAUGUAAUUUACUGUGAAAAGCACAUUAUUAAAAUAAUCAAUAUUUACUGUGGUAAGAACAUCAAUGAAAUAAAGGAAUUUUUACUACGAUAAGAACAAAAUUAAAUGAAUUGAUAUGUUCAGUAAAAAGACAUUUAAUGAGUGAAUAUUUACUUUGAAAAAAAAACACAAAAUGACAAAUAUUUACUGUCAGCUAUCUAAGAGUCCAAUUCAAUUUUAGCCUGGUAGAGUUGACAUAAACUGCCCUAAGGUGUGUGGUCAUGCUGGAGCUGUGCUAGAUGUUAAGUGGAACCCUUUCAAUGACUGUGUUAUUGCCUCAGGUUCUGAUGAUUGUUCAGUAAGUAGGUUUUUCUUAUGUCAUGUCUAACAUUAGCUUUAUCUUUUUUUUUUUUUUAAAACAUAUGAUUACAGCAUCAUCUAUUUGUAGUUUAAUUUCAAACAUAUGAUUUUUUUAGCAACCUCUGCUAUUCAAAUACAAUGCAAAAAACAACAACCACAUUUCAAAAAUGUUAUUUCCUCAGGUUCUGAUGAUUGUUCAGUAAUUAGGUUUUUCUUAUGUCAUGUCUUACAUUAGCUUUAUCUUUUUUUUUUUUUUAAAACAUAUGAUUACAGCAUCAUCUAUUUGUAGUUUAAUUUCAAACAUAUGAUUUUUGUAGCAACCUCUGCUAUUCAAAUACAAUGCAAAAAACAACAACCACAUUUCAAAAGCUAAGUCUACAUUUUUCAUAUGUUAACCCAAUCCAGGCUUACCUCAUUCCCCUCAGUUACAACUAAAAGCCUUAGGUGAUGACCUUAUGAUGAUCUUGAAUCUUAUGGGAGUUUUGUCUGAUGCUACUUAAAGUGUAACCCGCUCCUGCUUAACUUAUUCUCACCGGUUACAAUUGAAGGCAAAGUUUAACCCACUCCUGCUUAACCCAGUUUCAACGGUUACAACUAAAGGCCUCUGAUGAUCUUAUGAUAAUCUUAUGGUAGUUUUUUCUGAUGUGACCUAGAAGGCCCCGAAACAUUAUUUUACCUUAACUCUGCUUCAAUAAUUACAUCUCAGUAACACUGCUAGUAAUAAUCACAUCUAAGUAACAAUGCUAGCAAUAAUCACAUCUUAGUUACACUGUUAGAAAUAUUCAAUCUUAUAUCACUGCUGGCAAUAAUCACAUCUCAGUAACACUGCUAGCAAUAAUCAUAUGGAAGUGAGAUUCUGGCUGACUUUUGCUGGAAGUAUUUAUCUUCAUUUAUAUUUGAUCAAUACUUGGUUUGUAUGGUUUGUCUUGUGUGUCAUCAUAAAGUGCAUUUCAGGAUACAUGUGUCUUAAGUUUAAAUAAUUUUAAAUUUAAGGACUUUAAAAAACAAAGUGUUUCUCAGAAUAUAAUGUGUCAUAUGUGCCGGAAAAAACACCUUCGGAAAAUAAAUAAGGGAGAAUUUAACAAAGAUUCAUUGAAACUUUUCAUUUUGCUGUUACCAUUAGGUCAAAGUCUGGACUAUCCCAGAACCUGGACUUCUUGGUACCUUAACUGACUGGUCAGCUGACUUACAUGGUCACUCACGAAGGGUUGCCUAUGUUGACUGGCAUACAACUGCAGCCAAUGUUCUUAUGUCUGUUGGGUUUGAUUUUAAAGUAAGCAUAAUUUUACAAUUUGCAUCUAAUAUGUGUAAGCUAAAACUUAUGAUAUCAUAUAAUGAUAUAUUCUUAUAAACAUAUGCAAUAUUGUAUAUAAUCAUUCCGUAAAGAACCCAAAGACUUAUCUGAUUAUAACAUUUAAUUAUUUUUGUUAGAUUCAGUUCAAUGAUAUUAUCAUUUUUUCAAUCGCACAUUUAUGUCACAUUUAGUGAUUGCUUGUUUCUGUAUAGAUUAUGGUGUGGAAUGUAGAACAAGCUGAACCCAUCACCUCCCUUAGUUGUCACAACGAUACAAUCUACUCAGCUUGUUGGGGACGGGAGGGAAGUCUGAUAGCCUCGACCAGCAAAGACAAGAAAAUUCGUAUCAUGGACCCCCGCUUGGCCAAAGUUGCAGUGGUGAGAAUUGUACAGUAUAGUGUUUAUUAUGGUCAGACAGUAAGAUAAUAAUAAUGAGUCAAUGGUGAGAUAGAGUAAAACAUAGAUAAAAAAUAAUGGGUAUUAAGAUUUCAAAUGAGGUCUUUGAUUGACUAAUGAAUUGUUUGGGAUUUUAAGAUGAAUUGGAUGUUAGGAGUGAUAGAGCUUAUAAGUUUGAUAUUCCCCAUAAUUCUCUAGUGACAGGAGUGAUAGAACUUAUAAAUAUGAUAUCUCCUAUAAUUCUCUGACAGGAAAUGGAUGGUCAUCAAAGCACCAAGACAUCCAAAGUUGUGUUUGUGUCAGACAAUCAAGUUUUCACCACUGGAUUUUCACGUGUCAGCGACAGGCAGUAUGCCUUAUGGGAUGUUGUAAGUUCUGUAUCAUAGAUUCUCUGUUAAUGUAUUUUGUAUAUGCCAUGCUUACAAGUAACGUGAGCUCUUUGGUUGUCAUGCUAGAGUUAUAUGUAAGCUGCUGACGUGUUAGCAGGGGAAUGCAAGGGGGAAGAGGAUGCGAACAUUAAUAAAUUAAUCUUCUGGAUAGAGAAAAAGUCUGGUAUUCUUUUAAGAAAUACUGACCACUUUAAUCUGCUGGAACCAGCAAAAGCUGAUCCUCUUAUUUUGCCGACUGAUUUGCUUAAAUUUCUCUGCCCAGAGAAAGUCUGGUCCUCCGUUGAGCCUCACUGACUUGGACUGUUCCAGUGGUAUCCUGCUACCUUACUUUGAUAUUGAUACCAAAGUUGUUUACUUAGCUGGCAAGGUAAGUACUGUAAGGUAAUAAUCUACUUACCCAGACAUGUUUACCCUGAAACUCUUAAAAUCGUACACUAAUAACAAAGUCGUUCAAUACAUCAUCUUAAUAGUAAAAAAUAAACAUACAGUAUAUAUAAUGAGCACACCUCAAAAUUGUACAUUGUACGCCAAAAUGGUAAGAGUAAACAGGCCUGCUUACCUGACAACUAUCUGAUAGUUUUUUAGUCUUAAGUAAUGUAUUGGCUAAGAUUUUUCUAAAAUUCAACAUUUAUUGUUAUGAAUUACAAUGUCAACUAUUUCUCUUGUGGUGACUUUUCUGACUCUUAUUUAGGGAGAUGGCAACAUCAGAUACUUUGAAAUUGACACUGAAGAAAAUGAAAUCUACUUUUUAAAUACUUACCAGUCUGCCUUACCACAGCGGGGCCUGGGUAAGUAUCCCAGAUAUUGUAUAAUUGUACAUCAAUGGACUGAGCAUAUAUCCUAUUUACUGAACCAGAGUUUGUAGACCUUGUACUUUUGAUAUAAAAACCAGAGUUUGUACACUAUUUUGAUAUAUCAAACGGGAGUUUGUAAACACUGUACCUUGAUAUACCAAACCAGAGUUUGUAGAGACUGUACCUGACCUGGUUACUCAUAUAAUUUUGGUUUACAAUGUAGGAUUUUGAGAUGCUGUGAGAGCAGGGUUGAAAAAAAUACUCCAAGAAUUAUAAUCAUUUUAAAAAACAAACAAGCAAACCUUUUUCCGUUGUUAGUUUUCGCUGCUUUCUAUAUCUUGCAAGGAAUAGGCGGAACAAUAUGAUUGGUUGAUGACCAUCCAUAAUUAUAUUACUUAAACACUGAUGUGGGAAUGGGUGGGGGGGGGGGGUUUGUGUUGACUAAGGAGCUUAUGGGGGUGGAUGGGAGGGGUAAGUGGUAGGGGUCUAAAUAAUUUUAAAGGCUAUAAAGUAAGAACGCGUUUUUCAUAAUGAUGGUGAUGAUCAUCAUAUUGUAGGGGGGGGGGGGGGGGGGGGGGGGGGGGGGGUUUGUGUUGACUAAGGAGCUUAUGGGUGUGCAUGGGAGGGGUAAGUGAUAGGUGUCUAAAUAAUUUUAAAGGCUAUAAAGUAAGACCGCGUUUUUCAUAAUGAUGGUGAUGAUCAUCAUAUUGUCACUUUGUGUUUUCACAAUGAACCUGUUACAUACGGCAACAGUAAUAUUUAAUCAACAUUCACAUUUGUUACCUUCGAUGCUGUAUGAUGCAAGUUUGGGAACCACGAUUGCAAAAAUAAAGAAAAUAGCUCUAUUUAAAAAUUUUUAUUAAUGCAUUCUCAACAGCGCCACACAGCAUUAAAUUAGCCAUAAUUUAUAAUAUUUAGCAAGCAGCAUUUGAACUCUAUUUUCAGAAGUCACUGUAUGAUUUUAAUACCCCACUUUGGUUCAAGCACUCCCUUCGUUUCUCCCAAUACAGCUUUCUGUGGUUUUUAGACUAUAAUAUGUUAACAGAAAAUAAAAUCAGGCUCCUAGGCUUAAUGCCGGGAUGGCCAACCCACCACGUUAAAUAUUGUGGCCUGCUGGAUGCUUCUCAAAUGAACUUACAUGUUCAUUCAAAAACAUGAUUAUUAGACUAUUUUCAUUCUUGGCUAAAUUGCAAAUUAAAAAUAUAUGCACAUAAUUUUUUAUGACUGUAUUUGCCAUUUCGGUCUACCUGCCCCUUUUAUGUUCUGAUUCAAAUAAAAGCCAGAGUUUUUAGAAACUGAUAUACCAGUAACAUUUUUGAUCAGCUAAGAUUUGGAGUUCAUAAAUUAAAAAUUUUCUCUUGGUCUGAGAUUUUGAAUGUCCAUGUUAGUCAUCAUUGAUGCCAUCAGCCCAUGCAUAAAACUUUGCUGACUCGGUCAGCACUUAAAAUAUUGCUGACUCCUUAAUCAAAUUUGCUCCCUUUGAUUUUUGUUUUUUUGGCAUGUUUUUUAAAAAUAUUUUAUGCAUUUUUUUCACCCGUUUGUUUGACAAAUGCUUUCACAGUGUACUGACAUUCUUAUAAAAAACAGAAGACAAUACUGAGGUUUUUUUAUGUAGGAAGCAUAACAGGGAAUACUGACAUAUUUUUUUUAGAAAACUCAAGAAAAUACUGACAUUAAAAUAGGAAAAACUAAACAGAAAUAAUGGUGUAUUUACUGUUUUGUUCUGAGAGUGUGGUGCUAUUUAAAACUAUUUUUAGUUGUUUUUUUUUACAAUAUCCUUAAGUAAGGCAGCACCCCUAAUCUAAAGAAUUAAAUUGGGGGAAAAUGUGUGACCUACUCUGAACAAUUCAGUAUAUAUGAAAAAAUUGCCAAAUUUAGACUGAUUCUAUUGAACAGUUAGUACAUGGACAGUAAGUGGACAGUCACUUUGUUAGUACAUGGACAGUAAGUGGACAGUCACUUUGUUAGUACAUGGACAGUAAGUGGACAGUCAAUUUGCAGUCAAAAGAACUUUUAAAGCAAAUACAUUAGCUCAUCUUAGUUAUACAAAAUCAGUUAAGCUAAAUGUUUGAGGCAAUUCAUCAUAUAAAAUUAUAAACCAACAUAAACAAUGUAAAUUAUUGGGAUUCUGUAUUGAAAUGAUUCUAUUCAUCCUAUAGGAAUGAUGCCUAAAAGAGGUAUUGAUCCAUUCAAAAAUGAGGUGGCCAGGUUUUACAAGCUGCAUGCCUCCAAAAAUCUUGUUGAGCCAAUAUCUAUGAUUGUACCAAGAAAGGUGGGUUUGUGCAGAAGUUAUCAAGUGUAAGAUUGUUUCGGGUGCAUGUCAGAUGUCAGAAGUACACUUUGAAGCCCGAUUGCUGGUUUAAAUUUGUAACAAUAAAGAAAAAAGCUAUUGGCAUUAUCAAUAUUCUGAGAGUAUAAACAAAAGUAUUGGCUUAAUGUGAACAUUUAACUUAAUAAUAGUUUUAAUUGGGUAGUUAUCAAUGACAACCAAUGGUAAACCUAGAUAAGCUACUGCAAUGAAAAAAAAUGACAGUGUCCAUUUUCAGUCUAAUCUCUACUAUUAUGUAAUAAAGCAUGUUAUGUUCAAGACAGAACAUCUAGUUAGUAACUCAGGAAAAUGGAUCUUGUUGUGUAAUGUUUUAAAACUCACAUUUUUUUUUUCAAUUUAUUAAUGUGCAUAGUUUGAACUUCAAAAAUUGACUCUCAAAUAUAUAAAAACUGUUACUCUGCCUUUUUUUCCCCUUGUCUGCAAAUAAUUAUGUCCAGUUCUUCCAGCUAAAUAUUGUAUGUCUUGCUCUGUGAGCUCAAUUUUAUUUAUUUCACAGGCUGAAGGUUUCCAGCAAGACGUGUUCCCUCCAACUGCCAGCACGAUUCCCUCCUUAACUGCAGAUGAGUGGACCAGUGGUAUCAACCGGGGGCCCAUUUUGAUUAAUUUAGAGGUUUGUAAUUCAAAAGGGGGCUGACUUAACUAAUUUCAUAGGCUUUGUAUUGGUCUAUUUCAGUGGUCGGCAACCAUUUUUGAGUAAGGAGUCAUUUCUAAAAUUAUAUCUGCUAAGAAAAUAUUUAGGGAGGGGCAUGCAAGGAAGGGAAUGUGGGGGGGGGGGAUGGAUUUAGGAGAGUGAAUGUACACAAGACACCAUCACCAAGAGUAAUAUUUAAGUUCUAACUUUUUUCAAUAUUACUAAAAUUAUAUCUGCUAAGAAAAUAUUUAGGGAGGGGCAUGCAAGGAAGGGAAUGUGGGGGGGGGGGGAUGGAUUUAGGAGAGUGAAUGUACACAAGACACCAUCACCAUGAGUAAUAUUUAAGUUCUAACUUUUUUCAAUAUUAGUAACUAUACUAAAAUUCGUUCGCAUUUUCCUUACAAAUCGGCUGCAAAUCGUUUCGACAUACAUAUUUUUAUAAUGAGUAUCCAUGUCUAUAUGCUCAAGGGUACUUUUCUUGCUUUAAUAUUGCUAUUAAGAAACUCUAUUUUUUUCCAUCUUACAGAAUGGAACCAUCCUGGACAAGCCAAGGUCAUCAAUGUCACCAGCUGUCCAACCCCAGGUAAACACAUUUUAUUUUACUGUGGUCAACAAAGUGAUAUUUUACUGUGGUCAACAAAAUGUGAGCUUUGACACUGUCACAUUUUGGGACAACUUAUGGCAUUUGACACAGUCAUGUAUUAUGAAACUUGUGAAAUUAGACUGUAAUUUAUUGGUGAAACUUGUGUGAUUUGACACUGACCUACAUUGUUGAAACUUAUGCCAUCUGACACAGUAAUGGAAGUUAAAAUAAUAAUGAUCUUACAGAAUGUUUUAUAGAAUUUUACUUGACAUUUCACUUUUCUUUAGGUUGGUGCCCUCAGCAAGCCCCCACAGAUCACCACUUAUAAGGCUGUCAGUAGGACAACACACCCACCCUUUAACCCUGCCCCUAACCCCGCCCCCUUUUUUCAAGCUCCUCCCUCAGCAGUGAGAACCUCUCCUGAAGGUCAGGCACCUGUUGUGAUGAGAUCCCCGUCUGGCAAGAUGCCGUCAGUCCUACAGCAAUCCAACAUCUGGAAUGGGAUGGACAAGUCCAAACAAGAACCAGCAUCCAUCAAGAACAUCAGACGAUUAAGUGCUCACAAAGAUGAGGAUUUCGAAAGGUAGUACAUUAAUUUAUUUUUGGGGGGGGGGGCUAGAAAAAUGUUUGCUAAUCUGAUAAGGUAAGCUGGACAGGUUAGCUGCUAAGGUAAACUGAUGGGAUGGGCUCUUGGGUAAUCUGAUAUGGUAAGCUGGAAGAGUAAUUUGGUAUGGUAAGCUGAUAAGGUAAAGCUGAUAGCUUAAAUGCUGAUAGGGUAAAGCUGAUGGGUUAAGUUGGUAGUGUAAACUGGUCGGGUGAGCUGUGAUGCUAGGAUAAGCUCAAAGAAUAAUCUAUUGACAUGGAUGAUAAAAUGUGAGCAUAUGUGCAUUGAUAUAUGAUACGUAUAUAUAAGUGAUUAAAUAUAUUUAAUAAUAUAUUUGAGCAUUUGUUCACAUAGGUACAUUUGUUUACAUUAGUAAAUUUGUUUACAUUAGUACAUUUUGUUUCCAUUGGUGCAUUUGUUAACAUUGGUGCACAUGUGCAGUAAUUGAUUGCUAUAGAUUUUUUAUAGGAAUGAAAUUUUAUUUGCUUACUAUACAUUAUUGUAGUGUAUUAUUUAAAGGGAUGUAUUGUUAUUUUACAGCAUAUUUUUCUUCAUUAUACCUUUAAAACUUAAAUAAACAUUUUGAAGGACUUAUUAGAUAAGGGUAGAUAACUGCUACUUAUGCACCACAUAUAAUAUUUUUUUAAAAUGUAAUUUCAGUGACUCCUCUGUAUCCCCUGCUUCAUCCAUCUCCUCUGUCCAAAGUUCAGGGGCAGGUCGUAGUUUCAGGUCACCAGGGACACUAUCUCUGGCCUCCCCAGCUGCCCCAACUUCACACCUCAAUGGAUUUACCAGUGAGCAGCCUGCAGUGGACCAUGUAUGUACAUUAGUGUAUCUCUAUUUAUGGCUGUCUCAUCUCUGGGAUGUCUCAUUUUGUAGAUUUCUUAUCUCAUUAAUGUCUUUGACCUGUUUAGAUUUGCUAUAAUAUUUUUACAUUCACAAAAUCAUCACAUUUACAUUAUUGUCACAUUCACAUAAUAAUGAACUUCCUAAAUGAAACUGUAAAUAUUAGUCACAUGCGUGCCAAGUGAUACAGUCUUAAAGCCUAUUGGUCCACAGAUAGCUAUUUAUUAAGUUAGGCUCCUAUGAUCUAGAUCUAAAAUCAUCUUUAGAAACAAAGUUGCUUAAACAAAAAUUUGAAGUAAUAAAUGGACAUUCUACCUCUAUUAAGAUAUCAACUUACAAUUAAUGUUGAAACGAUCCCAUCAAUUUUAAAGUAAAAUAAACAUUGACAUUUGUUGUUAAGGAUUUCAAAUAAAUACAGAUGUUAUAAAAAGGGAAAUGAUUCUGGCCAUUAAAUACAAGUUUAAAAUAAAAAAAAAGAUGAUAAUUGAAAGUUAUUAUUUUUAAUUUUCCAUUUUUUGAAUACAGGUUUUUAUGUUUUGUACAAGGCUUGAUUUGGCAGGUUGGCAUGUAGACAUUCAAAUAAAUUCUACACUAGAUGUUACAGCAUUACAUACCAACCUGGGGAAUAAAAAAAUUGAACAAAAAUACCCAAUAUAAUAAUAGUUUAAUUAGUUUAAAAUAAAAACGAUGUAUAAAGUGAGGGUAAAUCAUAUUUCUUGGCAUCUAUGUGUUAACUUUCAUAUAAUGAUCACAUUGACAAUGUUAAAAUAAUAGCACAAUGUAAGAUGUUCAGCUCCUACCAUUUGUUUAUGUUCUUUUCUUGUAGUUAAGACAUCCAUUUCAUUUUGUGUACUUCUUUCUUAUGUUUGAAGCUUUUGUUCUUGAAUUUUUUAUUUGAAUAUCUUUGGAUAUUUUAUUGGACUAAUUUUAUUCCUUGUGACCCACUUACUUAUUCAUCACAACCCACUUGUUCCAUUUCUUUUGACCCACUUAUUCCAUUCUUUGUUAUCCUCUUAUUCCUUCAUUGCUACCAACUUAUUUUUUACAAUUUAUUUUUGCCAAGUUAUUUUUGUUAAUUUUUACCCCACUUAUUGUGUCGAUUAUUUACCAAGUUAUUCCAUAUUUUUUGUUCAAUUACUUGAUGCAUUGGUUUGCUUUGUAGCACCGUUCUCUCUGUGUUCACCCUCUUAGCCUUUGGAAUGUUUGCUUUAUAACUAUUCAAUCAUUUUAGUUAAUUCUUUGUUUUUAAGAAUUCAAUUUGACUUGUUCAUUCACUUACAUGAUAUAUAGUUUGCACUCCAUAUUAUGACAGCUCAUCUAAUUUAUGAUCCUCGUGUAACAGCUCAUCUGAAUUUUUAUUCUCUUGUCACAGCACACCAACAUUUUCAGCAUAUUGUGACAGCUUAUCUAAAUUAACAUCAUAUUUUGACAGCUUACCCAAGUUGAAAUUCAUCUUGUGGCUAUUGUCCAUAGUUAUCCCUGAAGUUUUGUGACCUUGAAUAAACCUGUCUUUUGACAGGUUACCUUUAAUAUAAUCAUUUUGUGAAAAUUUUAUUUUAAAACCAUUCCAGCCUUAUUUUCCACCAACCCCAUAUGGAAAACCCCAGGCCUAUGAACUUUGACCUAUUUAUAACAUAUCUCUCUCUAACCAGCCAUCCUCUUUCACAACUAAAACAACCUUAAGCACCUCCUCCGUGUUGCCACGCCCAUCUUCACGUUACGCCCAGGUGAAGUUUGAACGUGGUUCUGUCCAGCAAAGGGCCAACACUAUCGCCAGCAGUCAGAAUGUUGAGCAUGUUAGUGCCUUGAAGAUGGUGAUUGGUCAGCCAACAAGUACAUCACAAACUCAUGUAAGAAGGUUACUAUCCAACCCCAACCAAAAGCCUAGUGUGUAGAACCAUAAUUAACCAUUCAAAAUUCAAUUAAGAAACCAUCAGAUUAUUUAGAAGGCAGUCAAUUAUGGUUAAAAUUCAUGUGUCACGUCAUGGCUUAUCAUGAAGCUGAUUCCUUAGAUAUGGAAAUAUGUUUAUCAUCAAAUUUUAACUUAAAAAUUGAAAUAGACAAUUCAAAAAUUUAAAUAAAUAAGAACAUUGUACAUCUUUGGCUGGUCUCAAAAAGUUAUUUCAUUUCAUUUAUAAAUAAAUAUUUCAUAUCAUUGCCUGGUCACAAAUAUAUAUUUCAUAUCAUUAGCUGGUAAAAAAAUAUUUACAUUUUAUAUCAUUGGCUGGCCUCAUAUAUGCAAUUCAUAUCUUUGGCUGCUCUGAAAUAAACAUUUAAUAUCAUUGGGUGCUCACAAAUAGCUUUAUUACAUCAUGGGCUGGUCAGAAAAUAUUUACAUUUCAUAUCAUUGAUUGGUCUCAUAUAUAGAUUUUAUCUAAAUGGCUGAUCUCAAAUAGAAAUUUCAUAAUAUUGACUGGUCACAAAAAGACAUUUCAUAUUAUUGGCUGGUCACAAAAUAUAUACAUAUUAUAUCAUUGGCUGGUAAAUAAAUUAUACAUUAUCAUAUCAUUGGCUGGUCUCAAAUAUAUUUUUUCAUAUAAUUCACCGGUCAUAAAUAUAUAUUUGAUGUAAUUGGCUUGGCAAAAAUACAUAUUUUAUUCCAUUGGGUGAUAUAUAGUAGAUAUUGAUGGGAUGGUCAAAAAUAAAUAUCUGAUAUUAGUGGCAGAUCAAAAAAUAUUUGACAUACAUUUCUGAAAUUUGCCUUACUACCGUUUCUGCUUUACACUUAUGUAUUUGCUUUACACCUUUGCAUUUGCUUUACACUCCCUGUAUGUGCUUUACACUCCUGCCACAGCCCCAUGUGUUGGCAAUAUUCUAAUGCAUCCACUUCCAUGGGCGCCCGCAGAAAACUUUCUAGGGUGGGGCAAAAAAAUCAAUUAACUUUCCAGGGGGGAAGGGGAAUUUUUAUUUAUGUUUUAAUGUAGUUUUAAUUUACUGUAGCAUAUUUGGGGGGGGGGGGGGGGGGGGGCAGCGGGCGCCCAUGCCCACUUCCUAUGCUUUCCAAGCUUGGUUUAUUUGUGUUGUAGCACAAAUCUAUUUGUAGAUAAUUUACAACUUACUUCAAUUAACAUUUUAUUUAAUAUUUUUAAUGAGGACUGCUUUGACUUAUCAGCAUACAUUAGCAAUCUUUCCUGUGUUUACUUUCACAAUUUGGCUAAAGGAUAUUCAGUUUUAUAUCCAUGACCUUGAUGAUAAAUGAAUUGUUAAAGAGACUUGAUGAUAAAUGAAUUGUUAAAGAGACUUGAUGAUAAAUGAAUUGUUAAAGAGACUUGAUGAUAAAUGAAUUGUUAAAGGGACUUGAUGAAAUAUGACUUAUUAAAGAGACUUGAUGAUAAAUGAAAAGAAUUUCUUUAAAUCCGACACAGCUUUAGUUUGUAUGACCUAUUUAGGAUUAGUGCUAGUCAAUGUUUGCAUGAGCGAUUCUGUUUGCUGGAAUUUACCCCCUUUGUCACUACCAUCUGCUGGUAUUUAUCCCCCUUUGUCACAACCAUUUGCUGGUAUUUACCCACCUUUUUCUGUACCAUCUGCUGUUAUUUAUCCUCCUUUUGUGUCUACCAUCAACUUGUGCAGGCUAUUCACGUCCGUAAAGUUUGGUCACCGCCUGUAACCUCUGUUGCUUCCCCUUCCCCUACACUGCUGACAGCCAGGUCAGGAGCAGCUGUUCCUAGUAGUGAUCCAGAGGUGAGUGGCUUGCAUUUGUUUUCUGUCUGUUGCAUCUGUUGACACCUGUAUCAAUCAGUUGAAAAAAAAAAUUACUUCUUUGCUAUUUGCCAUUUUUUCAUGUCUUAGUGUACAUGUGGUAAGAUAAUUUACAUUCAUUGACACCAUGCACUUUGGUGAAACUAUGUACUUUGAUAGCCCAUGUUCUUUGGUAACCCUAUUUACUUUGGUAACACUAUGUACUUUGGUAUCACCAUGCACUUAGUUAAUGGCAUGUAGUUUGGAAAUACCAUGUACUUUAUUUUGGCAACACCACCUUCUUUUGCAACACCAUGUGCUUGGAAAUCAUGUAUUUAAAAAAACAACAUUUCAUUUACAUUGGAAAUGUAAAAAUUAUUUUACGUACAAAAUGAAUAUGUGAUAUAACAGAAAAACAACAUCUUAACAAUAAGAAUAUUUAGCAUUGCAUAACAUCAUUAUAUCACUAUGAUAGAAUGCUUUUUAGCUGUGACAGAUCACUUUUUAAAGACUCUCCAGCAAUACUAAUACAUAUCUCUAUCACUGAACAUGAAUAAAAGGCUACAAUUUUGGUAAAUGAUAUAGAAAUCAAUGGUUAAGCAGGUGAAAUGUCAAUCUGAAAUUAUCUUGUAUUGAUUGCUGUUUAGUGUGCUAGCUUUUUUUAGCUAUCCAAUGUGAACAUUUUUACAAUGUCAAGUGUGCAUUUAUUUCAGCUGUUAAAUAAAAAAUUUAAAAAUAUCAUGACAUUUGCAAAAAAUUUAAGUAUAAUCCUCAGACCUGUGAUGAAAUCAUGCACAUUAUUCAUAAUGCUGGAUUAUGAACAUGUAGAAAUAAGAAAGUUAACAAAUUACGAUUCUGUUCUAUUUACUGUUGAUUUCAUUUGUUUCUGUGAACAGCUGAAAAAAGCCUAUUUUCGACAACUGGAGGAGAUAAACAGCUUACAUGAACAGCUACAGCUUAAAGACAGGCGAAUACAACAGCUUGAGGCAGAACUGGCUCAGAUGAGAGAACGUGAUUCUGAUCUACGACCAGGGGAGAGUAAUUGUUGGUAGGUAGAAUAAGGGGAGAAAAUUGUUGAUGGGUUAUACAAGGGAGGUAAUUGUUGUUUGAGACUAACAAAUGGAAAUAAUUGUUGAUUGUUAAAACAAAAUAAAUUUAAAAAAUUUAAAGCCUAAAAACAAUUUAAAAAAAAAAAAUCCUUUUAAUCCAUUUUUUUUUUUUUGCAUUGAUGUUACAGACCUGUUUACUCUUACGAUUUUGGCGUACAAUGUAUGAUUUUGAGGUGUAUGGAUUGUAUAUACUGUAUGUUUUUUUACUAUGAAUAUAACGUAUUAAAUGACAUUGUGAUGAUAUUGUACGAUUUUAGGAGUUUGAGGGUAAACAGGUCUGAUGUUAUGAUAAGGGAUUUUACGUUUAUUAAGAAGUGGUUACAUAAAUGAGUAAAAUUCUGGCAAAAACACAUUUCAUAUGUCCUUCAUUUUCCUCUUCAAAAAUGCAUUAUAUUUUUACUGCAUACCCAAAUAUGUCACAACUACAAAGCACAUAGCAACAACUAUGCAAUCAAUCUCCACAGCAAAAUGCAAAUCCAUUGAACAUAUCAUAAUUCAUUCAUCUACCCCUUAAAAAAUAGGAAAAACUGAUUCUUGGGGGUGGGGCUGAAAAUUUGAAAGAAUGUGUUAUCAUCAUCGAGACUAUUCCAUAGAUUUUCAGCAUUUUAACUGAAAUAGAUUUUAAGUGUUUUAGCUGAAAGAGAUUUGAAGUGUUUUAACUGAAUAUUCCCAUGAUGCACUUAGUUUUGUACAUAAUAAGCAUAAAAAAAAAAUUUGGCCACAUCUCAAUUAGUUGUAAUUUAAGUAGAAUAUACACUUGCUGCAUAGUAAAACUAAAAUUGUAUUUGUAGGUCAUCAAAGUGGAACAAGAAAUGUACAAAAUAUCUGCUUAUAUGUUACAGAUCAAUCAGAAACAGUUGACGUAAACAGGGAAGCCUAGCAUUUCAACAGUUACAGUAACUAAAUCAAAACACCAACUGUAGGGGACCUAAGUCAGCUCAAUCUGCAAAGCUGGACAUCCAAAGUUAUUCAACUAGGGAUAAAGAAAGUUGGUAAACCAAUCUAUUCUACACAUAAACUUCAUCAGAGUUAUAGAACCUGGACUUAUAAAGUAUUCGCUCUAUUACAUAACCAUAUAAUUACAUAAAUAUAUUUUCAAAGAGUUUAAUGUAAGUAUUUGGUUGGGUCAGAAAUUCACCAUCCAGAUUGCUGUCAGUUUUCUCUUGAUAGUCCUGUACACUAUGAAUGAUGUAUUUACAGAGACAAGUAUUCACUUUUUCAAUGGUAUUGAAUGGUUAGCAGCUAAUACUAACAUAAUUAUAUAUCAAUUUGAUGGUACUUAGUAUGCUAGAUGGCAUCAGAAUGCCAUAUCUACUAACAUGAUAUGAUGUUCUGUAGUUGGUAGUGACAAGACAUGUUUUACUAUCUAGAACAAAAUCUAUGCACUUUAUGGUAAUCUUAGUAUUUAUAGUCUCCAUUGAAUGAUGUUUGUUGUGUCCCUUGAAUGAACCUAUGCAAGAGACUGUGCCCUGUUGCCACAUGAUACCUAUGCCAGGUAUGUUCAUAUAUCUGCUCAUAAUUUUAUUUUCAUCAUUUGAUCAUGUAUUUUAUUUUCAUUUAUUCGUCAUAUGUUUCUUUACUGAUGUGGAAAAACUGACAGUUGAAGCUCGACAUUUUGUGGCAAUGUCUUGUUUUUUUCACUUUUUAUUUUUUUUUUUACUCUUUUGUCCUCAUAGGCUAUAUGAAUAGACUAUACCCAAAAUGACUCUCCUAGUGCAACAGUUUGGAUUUACAUAUUGUGAGUUUUCCCAAUACAAUCUGUCAUAGGAAUGAGAUUUCAAAUUUUUUUUAAAAACAUUAUUUAACAAACUACUUGCAUGUCUGACAAAUAAAAAGUUUUUGAUAACAAUUGGUCCAUUUUGCUCUUCAAGAACAAUUUAUGAGUAAAUGUAUGAGGAUAUUACGUCAGUUAAAUUUUAGAAAGCAAUUGAUGGUGAACAAAUUAAAAAAUGAUCAAUCAUAUUUUUUUAUACAAAUUUAUGAGUGUACUGUCCAAAUUAUGUCCAUUUUUAUAGUCAUUGUAAAAAUAUUAUUUUUCUGUCUUACACUGAUUUGAAUAUUUUUGUUUUUACCUAUGUGAUAAUGUCCAUGUUUUCUAUAUUUAUAAUGUUAUCAAUUAAGUACCACUCUCACUUGGUCAAUGCUGGGACUGCUAAUUGAUUGGUGGGACUGCUGAUUGAUUGGUGGGACUUCUUAUUUAUUGGUGGGACUGCUGAUUGAUUGGAUGGACUGCUGAUUGAUUGAUUGGUGGGACUGCUGAUUGAUUGGUGGGGCUGCUGAUUUAUUGUUGGGACUGCUGAUCGAUUGGUGGGACUGCUGAUUCAUUGAUUGGUGGGACUGCUGAUUGAUUGGUGGGACUGCUGUUGUUUUUUUUCACUUCAAACUUCAGAUCUUAAACUUACUUUACACUCCACAUAAAUUCAUCUAAGCAAUUUUAACUAACUUACCUGAUUUUUUUUUAUUUUUAAAAGUGACUUAUUAAUAAAUUGAUUUGAUUGUGUUUUUUACAAGUUAAGAUUUAUUUUAACUGAUCCAUGAACAUUUUAAACUAAAUAAUUAGUUUUUAUGCUGGUUUGAACUCUGCUUGUAUAUGAUUUUAGUUAUGUUGUUGAAAAUGUUUGUUUCAUUUCAUUUGUAGCACUUAAUUUGCUUGAAGUAAAGUGUGAAAGAUGAAGGUUUUUAUUUCAUUGAUCUGUAGCACUUAAUUUGAUUUAAGCAUGGCGUGAAUGAAUAUCGUUUUUGAGCACUUGUGGCAAUGUAAUGCCUUUUUUUUUCACCAGAGUAAUAUUUCUGUUGAAAUGAGUCUUUCCUUAAUUUAUUGAAUGAGUGUGUGUUGUAUGACAGUAGUACCUUAAUCAUGUUAAUUAUCUGUGUCAUGAACUUUUACACUUUGAACCUUGGCCUCUCUCAGAUGAAUGUCUCACAUCUGUUUCUAUAUGUUGUUUGUGUAUUAGAGCAGAUUUAAUUCUUUCCUCAACAGGUUGAUCUUAUCAGUAAUUAUUCUUUACAAAUAUUGGCACAACCUUCUGAUAGGUCACUUUGACCUGUAUCAUUUUGAGCUGUUUGUUUCUUCUGUCCCACCUUAUCCCAAUGAUAAUAUUAAAGUGUCCCACCACAUUAAUUUUAUGACAAUGAUCUGAACUCAGUGUUUAUUACAACCAGAAUAGUUAAAAACUUGACAUCUGACAUGAGGUAAACAUGACAUCUGACAUUCAAUGACAUUGUCUCUCACACAUUCCAUCAUGUCCCUUGUACAACAGCAAACUUCCUUUUACUGAGUAACAGUCCCAUACAGUUAUAAUUUCUUCGGUGUCUUUAAAGACACCCCAAUUGGUUAUUGAGCACCCCAAUUGCCUUUGACCACACACACAAUAAUAAUUUGAUGUGUUUCUCUGGUUGUGCCUUCUGUAAGCCUAUUUCUUGACAUUCAAUAUAUACAUUUAAUUGACUCAAAAGGGCUGCUUUUAUUUCUUCAUCUUACCAAAGCUUGAAUCUGGAAGAACAUUGAUGGUAAGAAUUAAAUUAAAAUAAUGAAAAGAGGUUCACAGACCUAAUUUAAUAUAUUAAUAAUGAUGGUCAAAAGUAUGAUCAGUCUUUUCCAGUUACAUGAAAUGGUAAGAGAGUACGAUAAAUAGAUAUAUUUCAAUAUGAAAUUAUGUUAGUCAUUCAGUUGUAUUAUCUUACAUUUUCAAGGGAUAUCACAAGUUAACAACUAAUAGUGCUCUGACUAACAAUCUUUUAGUAUGAAAUUAUGUUUGUCAGUCAUAUUAUCAUUAUUAGUACUAUGAAGAAACUUUAGUUUGGUGUGACAAUAUCUAGAAAUUUACUGUUUUUCCCAUUAAUGUUGCUUACAUCAGACUAAUUCAAUUGCCUUUAUUAAAAUGAACAUGACAUCUUGACAUGAAGUACAAACAUGACAUCUGACAUGAGGUAGAAAUGUGACAUCUUGACACAAGGUACAAACUGGACAUCAAAUCUACUGCUGAUGUAUUUGUUAUUAUUAAGAAACUUAUCUAUUGGCAUUUUAUUUUGAAGACUUUAAAAGACAGAGUUUAUAGACGCUGCCUUUAUUUUGAUGCACUUAUCUUAUUCAUUUUUUAAACACCUAUGCAAUGUUGCUGGAUUACUAUCUGGUCUAAUUUAUCUGGUUCUACUUCUUUGUAGUUUUAUAUGAGAAAUAUUUUCUUCUUUUUCAAACAGGUCUUUACUUGAUCAUGAUCACAUUAGUGUCUUGAUUUGAAGUGUAUGUUAUUUUAAAAUACUUUCAAGACAUGAACUUUUGAACAUUUGAUCUCGUUUAUAGUUACGCACUGACAGUUAAAGGACGUGCUGCUUUUUGUGUGAUGUGCUUCCCUUUUUCUUGAUGAGCUUUCAUUUUUAGGGAUGUCCUGUCAUUUUUAUGUUGGGCCAUCACUUUUAGUGAAGUGCUUUAAUUCAUUUUAAUGGUGUGAUGUCAUACUAG